AUGACAGAGCCACGUAUGCGCCUGCGGCAAAAAGGCCAGCAGUUCCCUACGCAAGACUUAGAAGCCUUCCUCCUUGCCUUUGGCGACAACGACUACCCUUUACCAGAAACCAUGCGCGUCCUCGACGAAAUCAUAACCGACUAUAUCAUCGAAACCUGCCACGAAGCCGCAUCUGUUGCCCACCAUGCUCGGCGUGCCAAAAUCAAGCUCGACGACUUUAAGUUCAUGCUCAGGAGGGACACGGGGAAAUUGGGGAGAGUGUCGGAGAUGCUGGAGACAGAUAAGGAGCUGAAGAGGAAGAGGAAGGCGUUUGACACUGAUGAGGGGGCGGUGUUGGUGGAGAAAGAUGGCGGUGGGGAGGGUGAGGGUGGUGGAGGCGGGACUAAACUGGGGAGGCCAAAGAAGAGGGUAGAUGGGGAUGGGGAAGUAGGAGAGAAGGGUGGAGAGGAGCCGAAGAAGAAGAAAAAGAAGAAGAGGGAUCAGGGCGGUGGGGAUGAUGCUAGUACGGUGCGGAGUGGAUGA